AUGAUUGUGGAGUCCGAGUCCGCGUUCUGCUCCCAGCCCAUGUUCGUCAAGAAGGGUGAUGGCUGGCGCGUCUGUAUGGACUCCCGGCGUCUGAAUGAGGCGACGAUCAGAGAUCGGUACCCGUCGCCUGAUGCCUUGGCGCUGAUUGACAAGCUGAAGGGCGCGAAAAUUUUCAGCAAGUUUGAUCUCACGAGCGCGUUCUGGCAAGUGAGAUUGAGCGCCGACAGUGAGAAAUACACGGCGUUCCCGUGCGACGGCAAGCUGUACCAGCACAGGGUCAUGUGUUUCGGGUUGGUCAACGCGCCGGCGAUGUUCCAGCGUCUGAUUAAUGAGGUCAUGGGCCCGCUCUCCGCUUUCGCUGGAGGGUACUUUGACGACAUUAUUGUGUUCUCCAAGACGCCGGAGGAGCACGAGCUCCACGUGAAGCAGAUGCUGGCUCGGCUGAGGGAGUUUGACCUGUACGUCUCCUUGAAGAAGUGCGUGUUUGGCACGUCGAGUGUUGACUUCUUGGGGCGGCGGGUCAGCGAAGCCGGAGUGGCGGUGGAUCCUCGCAAGGUGCAGGCAGUCCUCAACUGGAAGCCGCCGACGGACGCGACUGGUGUGCGUGAGGUCAACGGCCUCGCGUCCUUCAUGAGGCGUCAUGUGCCGAACUAUGCGGAGCUGGCGCGCCCGAUGACGAUGCUGACGCGGAAGAAUGUCCCAUUCGUCUGGUCGGCGGAGUGCGAGAAAUCGUUCCGCGCGAUCCAGCAGGCGCUCGUCCAGGCGCCAGUGCUGGCGUACCCCGACACGUCGCGGCCGUUUGAGAUUUUCUCGGAUGCGUCUGAUCUCGCGUUGGGUGGUGUGCUGAUGCAGAGGUCGGAGUCCGGCGACGGUCUGCAUCCGGUCGCCUACUACUCGCGCGUGCUCACGAAGCCGGAAAUCAACUACUCGGUCUACGACAAGGAGCUGCUGGCUAUCCUAGAGUGUCUCCGCGAGUGGCGACAUUACGUUUGCGGUUCUGGCAAGAUCACCGUUUGGUCGGACCACAGGAAUUUGCAGUGGUUUACGGAGACGCGGGAGCUGACGGCGCGCGAGGCUCGGUGGUGCGAGAUGCUGGGCGAGUUCGAUCUGGUCAUCAAGCAUCUGGAGGGCUCCAAGAACGGUGCGGCGGAUGCAAUGUCCCGUUCGGCGUCGGGAGCUGGGCCGAAGGAAAAGCUUAAAGGCCGGGUGUUGGACCCCGAGUUGUUGGUGGCUCCAGUCGCUGGCGAGGCCGAUGACGAGCAGAGCGAAGAUUUCGUUUUCUCGCCCGGAGCGACUCUGCCGAGCGCGCCUACGGUCAUGACGCCUACUGCCAUUCGCGAGGCUUUGCAGAAGGCGGUGGCCGAGGGGGAAGAAGAAGGAGUAGAGCUUCUAUCCUCCAAACGAUACCAACUCCACGACGGCCUCAUCAAGCGCGACGACCGAGUGUUCGUCCCAGAACAUUUACGUCCACAGAUCCUGCGAUACCGCCAUGACGCAGCGACAGCAGGUCACUGCGGGAACCGAAAGACGCUCGAGUUAGUUCAACGCGACUUUGUCUGGCCUGGAAUGAGAAAGUACGUGGAGCAGUACGUCCACACUUGCCCAGUUUGCCAGAUGGUGAAGCAUGCGAGGCACGCACCAUACGGUCUCUUGACUCCGAUUGAGGCUGCAGACAAACCUUUCGGCGACUGGUCCAUCGACUUUGUGACCGGACUGCCAGAUUCUCAAGGGUUUAACGCAGUCAUGGUCUGCAUCGAUCGACUGACUCGAGUUGCACAUUUCAUUCCGACGACAAAGUCUGUCACGGCGGAGGAAUCGGCUCAGUUGUUCCUGGAAAAUGUCGUGAAGCUGCACGGCGUUCCGGUUCGUGUCUUGUCUGAUCACGGACCACAGUUCAUUGCAAAGUUCUGGAAGAAGCUAUGGAAGGCGAUGGACAUCGACCUCUCCUACUCUAGCGCGUAUCAUCCACAAGGAAACGGUCUUGUGGAACGGGUGAAUCAAGCGCUGGAGUCAUACCUGCGAGCGUACGUCAGUGAAGCCGAGGACUGGUCAAGACCCCUCUGGUUGUGCGAGUUCACGUACAACAACACGGUGCACGCGGCGAUCCAGUGCAUUCCGUUCAUGGCCAUGUACGGGUUUCAGCCGGAAAUGGAUGAGAUUAACUUCAAGUCGCCGAAGGCACCUCAAACGGCAGCUGAUCGCGUGGAGGAACUCAAGGCACUGCGUUUCUCGUUGAGAGCGAAUAUUCACCGAGCAAACAUGUCCGCAGCCAAGUUCUAUGAUCGACACCACAAGGCAGCACCUCCGAUCACGGUGGGCAGCCUAGUCACAGUUCUGCGUCGCAGUCAGACUGCCGAACAACCGUAUGCCAAGUUGGCGUACGUACGCGAUGGUCCCUUCAAGGUCGUGAAGCAGAUCAAUGAGCGUGCCUUUGAGCUGGAUCUAGGUGAAGCAUCCAGCAAGUCCCGCACCUUCCAUGUAUCUGUCCUGGAAUUGUUUGUCGCUGAUGACGUUGAAGGUCGGAUUCGGCGAGUCCUGCCUCCUGUCAAGGACUGGGACGGAACAGUUCGACAUCGAGUCGAGGCGGUGAUUGACUCGACUCGUCACAGCGAGAUUAUGUACUAUCGCAUCCGAAGGGUAGGCACCACUGCUCGUGAAGACACCUGGGAGCCGGCCAAAGACGUGUGGGCUCGCUUCCCCAGGGCCGUUCGUUUAUUCCAUCUGGCCGAACCUUCUCUGCCACAGCCUACGCGAGAGUAA